AUGGAGGCCUACCCUGAAGACUAUGUCUCCCACAACCUGCCCUUCAUCGCCCUAGCUGGUCUUCCAACCGCCGACUUGUCCACCAACCCCUCGACUGCAAGCACCCCGACUGCUUUCCAGGCCACUGGCUUGACCAUCUCCGACAAGUCUCCUCCAUUGUCUGGCCCUCAUGCCGACUCUAUUCUGGACGAGUUCCUGCGCGCAGAUGGCGCCUCUUUGUCCUGGAGUGAACAGGCUCUGGCCGACAGGUCUGGCUUGAUUGGCUUCAACCUGUCGAGUGUUGGUCGGUCUUUUGUCUUCCCGCCUAGAAAGGCUGCUCCUCCGCCCAUAGCUCCGUCAGACUCUCCUACAGGAAGUCCGAAUCUUUCCUCGCAAAUCAGCCACGACCUCCACUCGCCUUUGUCUCCGCUAUCUCCUUCGUCUCCCGUGUUCCCUGAUGGCCUCAUGACUCCGCUAUGGCUUGCAAAGCACCGCUCUCGUAUCCCUGCUAUCUAUCUAUCUUUCCUCACCCUGGAUUCGGAUUCUUCACAUGACAACGCUCUCAAAAACCAUAUCAAUGACACUAGGAACACCAUCGCAAAGUCUGGUUUCAAGACUCGAUACGCUGCCGUCCUUGUAUCAGACGAUGCUGCCAUCUCACCUCUCGAUUUCGAAGAGCGCCUCGCUGCCAUCAGGAGAGCCACUUCCCUGGAUCCAAAGAUGUCGUGCUUCCACUUUGAUGUUUCGGACUCGCAAACCGAUCUGCCUUCAUUUGUGUCGACUGUUCUUCGAGCAUUACAACCCGUCUGCGUCGACUAUUAUAGAGACUUGACAAAGCAUUCGCGACGGAAACGUGGUCGCGCUGCUCCUCCGCCCAUCACUGCUGCUGCUAGUCGCGGCACAUCACAGAUCUUGACAAACAAUGGUUGGAACGUACGCUAUGAUUUCAAAUUAGCCAUUUUUGCUGAAUUUCGACAAGAAAUGGACGUGGCUCAGAGGCAUUUUGAGUCUGCCUUGGAAGAGCUGUUUGGUCCUGAAGGCAGCCUUGAAAAUACGCCAAGUUGGUCUGCUCGUUGGCAAGAAGCCAGACUACUCUGCGAUAUUAUUGCAUUCCGUGUCUUGCGUUGUCAGAUGUGGAGAGGUAUGACAUCGGGCGCCGCCGAGUCGUGGUACAACUACAAGGAGCGCAUGCGAGACUUGAUUGAUCGUCGCGGAAAAGGCGCCGAGAACAGCUACGGUUGGGAGGCAUGGGAAGCACGAUGGGCAAAGAUGAUGGCACAGCUUAUUGAAAUGGCCGAUCUGCCUGUAUUCAAGCCUGUGGACUUGUCAGACCCUGGAGAACAGACGGCUGCGCCCGCUGUAUAUGCUCCUGCCGAGAAGCUAUACUCGACCAUGGAACGAAUGAUGCCCUUUCAUCUUCUCCACCACCCAGGCUACUGGUGGAGGUUGGCCUGCAAACAUGUCAUGUCACGCAAGCGGCUAGCAGAAGCAAUCCCGCAAGAGGACAGAACGCUGCCGAGUGAAACUUCCGCUACUCAAUUGGCCAGCCGAACCAGAACUUAUGAUACGUAUAUGGUGCCGCAACCCCACGAGGAGGCACCGCUAUCGGGCCACAGCACAUACGACUACUUGUUGGAUUUACAAAGUCAAACUGAGCGGGUGGAAAGUAUCAUGUCCAACAGAGGUCAGGCAAGAACUGUGCAGCAGGUCAAGAUUGAACUUGCACGCGAAUUUUACAGAGCCGAGCGAUUCGACGAAGCAUUCCGGACUUUGCAACCAAUAUGGGAUAGCAUGGUCUGGAGACGUGAGGGGUGGUUUGAUCUGGCAUUGGAAGUCCUGGAACUAAUUUACGACUCUGCUGGGAAGACAGGAAACUCUAAAGUUCGGGUUGAAAGUGCUUGGGAGCUUACAUAUCAACCACUGAAUACACGACACUCUAUCGACGUAGCGAAAUGUCUGACAGCUGCUGGCAACAAUGAAGACCCUGCGCAUGUUCUGCUAGAUACCCAAUCAAGGCUAUGUCCAUUCUCCAUCACGUUCUCCUUCCUCUCUGGUGAGGGGUUUGUUGGAGAUACCGCUACCUGCCAAGUCGCAGUCGUCUUCAAUGGAUCUGUAAAGACGGCUGGCUUGACGCUUUCGGAGCUCCGCAUCCAUUUCAGCACCAAUAUCAGGAGUCUGGUCAUCAAUCACUCUGACGACGACCAGCAGUCGCUGUCAACAAGCCUCAAGGUUCACGAGGAGCACGACUCUGCACACCCCAUGGCUAAAGGAUUGCUGAGUAGCGCAAAUCUGACAUUCCAGCCUGGCCAACUUCGUGUGUUCAACCUGACGAUCCCGCUUCGUGAUCCGGAUACUUUUGGGGCUACUGGUGCUUCGCUAGUGUUGAAGACUCCUGGAGCUACACUCGAGCACGUUUUGAGCCGCCCGGCGGACAUAAGUUGCUCAAACUGGUGGCUGCUAUCAGACAACAAACUUUCCAGGAAGCAGAUCCCUCGCACAGAGCCAAAUGCAAUACAAGUGCUGCCGAAGCCACCAAAGGUACAACUGCGGAUAACAAAUCUCAAGGAACAAUAUUUCAUCGGCGAGAAGGUCGCGCUUGAAAUCCAAAUUCUCAAUGAAGAAGCGGAGGACGUCAACGCGCAUAUACGUGCUGAAGGGCAGGAUAGUGCUGAUGUCAGUCUCGACCUUGCCUGGAAUGACAACAAGAAUACUGCAAACGAUCUGGACUUGACCAAUGUCCAAAUUGGCAACAUGUCAGCCAACGAAUCGAAGUCUCAUACACUUGAAUUCAUGGCACCUCUGGAGCUCUCGGAGUAUACACUGAGAUUGGAAGUCAACUAUCGUUUGGCUUCGGACCCUGAUGAACCAGUAGUGAAGAUUUUGGAAUCAGUCAUACCUUUCGUCAGCCCCUUCGAAGCCAAUUACGACUUUGGACCACGUCUGCAUACGGGAGUAUACCCGAAUUAUUUCAGUUUACCGGAUCUCUCCGAGGACGACAGCGAGCAGCCGAAGCAAGCACGAGGCAUAGCGCAAAGAUGGUGCUUGACCAGCCGUGUUGUCUCGUUCUCGAUGGAGCCUCUGCUUGUCGCAACCACACGACUGGUUGUCAAUCGAGUCACCAGCAAUGCUGUCUGCGAAGUGGAGGAGUCACUCACGCCAGAGAAGGUAUCACGUACCAUGACUCUGAAAGACAUGAUGGAUGUUCCUCAUGUCCUGGAGGUCCGCAAGACAACUCUUGAAGACCGACGUCCUUCUGCGUUGGAGCUGUCACUGGCAGUCACUUGGCGUAGAGAAAAUGCCGGCACUGAAGACACCACUACCACUAUGCUCGCAGUCCCUAGCAUGACCAUCCCUUCUGCAGAACCUAGAGUGCUAUGCACCGCAAGUGUUCCCUCAGACACUGAUGACGAGGCCAUAACUGUUUCGUAUAUGCUAGAGAACCCGUCGAUGCACUUUUUGACAUUCAAUCUGACCAUGGAAGCAAACGACCUCUUCGCAUUUAGUGGCUCAAAGCACCGAGCAGUGAGCCUGACCCCGAUGAGUCGCGUCAAUGUUGACUAUAAACUGUUUGUAUAUACUGUCGAAGACAGCGCUCUGACAGAACGACACGGUCAAAAGGGACACUGGAUCUGGCCUGCACUCAGAGUAGUAGAUGCAUAUUUCCAAAAGACUCUCAGAGUUUUGGAUGCCGGAGAUGGCGUUCAGAGUGAUGAUAGAGGCGUGGGCAUUUGGAUACCUUUAUCAAAAUGA